UAGGGUCACUGUAGGGAAUAAUGACUGGCGUCCGUACAUGGAACUCUUCCCUGAUGAAGUCUUUUGUAGAGUAUUCUGCAUUGACUGUCUGGUACACAGUUCACUUGCAGUGGUAUUAGGGAUCAGCACCAAGCCUUGGCUUUACGUUGUGAUGAAAUAUAUUCAAUUGGUACACUAAUGCAGCGUGGAAGUUUUUUGCAGUUGUGACAAGGCAUGUGCCCUAAAGAAAAUCACAGGGGUCAGAUUGUUUCGGUAAGAAUAUAGAAAGCUGAGUUACAUGUAGAGUUCCAUAUACAGACAUCAUGAAUUUUCUCUUUCUGAGGUUUAUUAGCCAUCAGGACAUGAUCAUGUCAUAAACAUUCACAUUUGACAGUGAAAAUAUUGAAGUAUUUUUAUUACAAAACUCAGGCAAUUUUUCAGACCAGCUUCGUAGGGUUUGUGCACAGGGUUUUGAUUGAUGUUUGGAUAUGAACUACUUCAGAAAGCCAUUUUGUACAUGUAUAUUUGCGUCUUGCAGAGCAGCAGAAGGGACGAAAGGGACAUACAUGUAUGCUUUGCUUGAUUACCCUUACUUCAUGGAAGCUUCAAACUAGUGCUGUUUUUGAUUACACACACUGUAGCAAUUUAUGACCCUUUUACCCUCAGGUAGAUGGUACAAAUGAGAGUGUAUUGUUCAGUUGUGAUCAGGAAGAGAACGUUGUACUGAUAUAAUUCCACAAAGUUCUGUCCUCAACAUUGUACAGUGAUUUUGUUCAAUAAGUCACAUAGUCACGAGGGGAAAACGGUUGAGUGAGUCAUAAAAUGGAGGCCGUGAUAGAGGAAGUACAUACUCAGUGCACACAGUGAGUAAAGGUGCUUCAUCGAACUGUCAGUGGAAUUUGUAUCCAUUUGUGAGACGAAAGUGAAAGAACACAGAGUUUGUUUUGUUAUGAGCCCCUAGCUGGACCAAGAGAGGGUGCAAUUUUCCUAGCAAUGACCACCCCUUCGGUAGGAGCUGCACUUCGCUGGUUCACAAAUGACUGUGAAAUGCAGACAUUAUGGGGGCAUUGCUAGUUUGCUACUCGUAAAAUGAACACUCCUCACCAGCUGAUGAAAUUGAUGCUUGUGCUUCUGCUCCAUGUGGACUCUGGACAUCAGAACCAUUCAAAUUGCAGAUACAGAGAGGGUUGAAUUUUUCCUAAAAAGACCCACCAUGAGCGAUAAGGGAAAGCGUGGAAGUAACCCCCUUAACUUUGGGGGUGGGGGUGGCUCUGAGGAGUCCAUCUACAGAAUUCCUCCAUACUACUUCAUCCAUGUCCUCAACCACAACACCAAUGUCACCACGGUGGAGACUGGGCCCCGAACCUUUAUCAGGCAGGACCACGAAAGGGUCAUCUUCGGUCCCGAGAAGAUGAUCAUGGUCCCCCCGCGUCACUACUGCAUCAUUGAGAACCCUGUCCAGCGCAACGAGGAUGGCUCAGUGAUCGUGGACCAGAGUGGGCAGAUCAAGCUUAACCAUGCCGACCAGGAGAUCCGUCUGGCCCAAGACCCUUUCCCUCUCUACCCGGGGGAAAUCCUGAAGCUGCCUGUAACUGCCCUCAAAGUCGUCCCUGCCAACUCUGCUCUCCGUCUGCGCGCAGUCCUGGACUUUGACGACGAGGAGGCCAAGACCAAGCGGGUGGCCGGGGACGAGUGGCUCUUUGAGGGGCCCGGCACCUACAUCCCCCGCAAGGAGGUGGUAGUGGAUGAGACAAUCCGUGCCACAGUCAUCAAGGCCAACCAGGCCAUCAAGCUGCGGGCCCGCAAGGAGACAGAGGACCGACAGGGCUCCGCCCGGGUGACUGGGGAGGAGUGGCUGGUCAAGAAGAUCGGCGCCUACCUGCCGGGGGCCUAUGAGGAGGUUGUGGGUGUGGUCAAUGCCUACGUUCUGACGGAUAAGAAAGCACUCCAUGUCCGAGCAACCCGUACCUUCAAAGAUGAUGGUGGUGUGGUCAGGAAGAACGGGGAGGAGUGGCUGAUCACCAUGGAGGACACUGAGACUCACAUUCCUCAGGUGUAUGAGGAGGUGGUUGGAGUUGUCGCCAUCACUACAUUGACCAACAGGCAGUACUGUGUCAUCUUGGAUCCUGUAGAUGCUGACGGCAAACCCCAGCUUGGCCAGAAGAAGCUUGUCAAGGGUGAGAAGUCUUUCUUCCUGCGUCCUGGUGAGCGACUUGAGAAGGGCAUCCAGGAUGUCUUUGUCCUGGGUGAGGAUGAAGGGCUUGUGCUUAGGUCUCAGGAGGCUUUCACUGAUACAGAUGCUGAUGUGGAUCGCAAGCCGGGUGACAAGUGGAUGAUCCGGGGCCCCAAGGAGUACGUCCCUCCAGUGGAGGUAGAGGUCAUGGACCGGCGUAAGGCCAUCCCCCUGGAUGAGAACGAGGGUAUCUAUGUCAGGGACACCAAGACUGGAAAGGUGCGUGCCAUCACUGGCAUAACCUACAUGCUGAACCAGGACGAGGAGCUUUGGGAGAAGGAGUUGCCACCUGCUGUGGAGGGCCUGCUGAUCAGCAUGAAGGACCCCCUGGCCGACCGGGGUGACCGCAGCUCGGGCGGCGGCAGGGACAAGUCCAGGGAGAAGACUCGAGUGGUGACCUUCCGCGUGCCCCACAAUGCUGCCGUGCAGAUCUACGACUACAAAGAGAAGGAGGCAAGGGUUGUGUUUGGUCCCGAGCUGGUCAUGCUGGGCCCCGAUGAGCAGUUCACGCAGUUGAGUCUGUCCGGAGGCAAGCCCAAACGGCCCAACGUCAUCAAGUCCCUGUGCCUCCUACUCGGUCCCGACUUCUGCACCGAUAUCAUCACCAUUGAGACCUCCGACCACGCCCGGCUGCAGCUUCAGCUGUCAUACAACUGGCACCUGGACGUCAACAAGCAGAGCAGUGUAGCAGAUGCCGCAAAGCUCUUCAGUGUUCCCGACUUCAUUGGUGAUGCCUGCAAAGCCAUCGCUUCCCGCAUCCGAGGGGCAGUGGCGGGAGUCGCCUUUGAUGACUUCCACAAGAACUCGGCCAAGAUCAUCCGUGCCUCCGUCUUUGGCCUUGACGAGAACCUGAAGGUGAAGGAGAGCUUCCGCUUCCCCCAGAACAACAUGGUCAUCACCAGCAUUGAUAUCCAGUCCGUGGAGCCUGUGGACCAGCGGACCCGAGAUGCCCUGCAGAAGUCGGUUCAGCUGGCCAUCGAGAUCACCACCAACUCCCAGGAGGCUGCAGCCAAACAUGAAGCUGAACGUUUGGAGCAGGAGGCCAAGGGCCGGUUGGAGCGCCAAAAGAUCUUGGACGAGGCGGAGGCAGAGAAGGCUCGCAAGGAGCUGCUCCUCCUGCAGGCCAACAGCGCAGCUGUGGAGAGCACCGGGCAGGCCAAGGCGGAAGCCCAGAGCCGUGCCGAGGCGGCCCGCAUCGAGGGUGAAGCUGCAGUGGAGCAGGCCAAGCUGAAGGCAGAGGCUGCCAAGAUCGAAGCCGAAUCAGAGCUGGAGCGUCUGACCCAGGCCCGUGAGGCAGAGCUCAAGUAUAUCACCGAGCAGAAUGACAUGGAAGUUACCAAGGCUCGGGAGAUGGCGGAGAUUGAGUCUGGGAAGUUCAACAAGAUGGUUGUCUCCAUUGGUUCGGACACCAUUCGUGCUAUCGCCGUGUCAGGACCAGAGAUGCAGGUGAAACUCCUGCAGAGUCUGGGACUGAAGUCCACCCUGAUCACGGACGGAAAUGCUCCCAUCAAUCUGUUCAACACUGCCCAAGGCAUGCUGGGAGGUCUCGGCGGCUCGGCAGAUACCAGUUAAAGUAGACAGGGAUCUGAGAAUCAGCGAAGAGAUUUAAGUGAAGAGAGUAGUAGAGAUAGUAGGAUUUUUUGACCAAGAGUCAAAGGUUCCUGUCUCCUUGUGCA